AUGAUCCUCAGCGGCCUCGAGAUCAUCACCCGGCACUUGGUACGCAAUGUAGCAAACAUUGCUCAUCAACAGCAGCCCUGCGGCGUCGACCUUACCCUCCGCCAAGCAUCCCAAUGGACAUCUCCAGCAGUUCUCGACGCAGACAAUACCCACCGGCGAGCAGCUCAGACCACGCCUCUCCCAUUCCACACCACAGACAACACCAUCACCCUCCCCCAUGGCGCCUACUUGAUCGACUUCAACGAAACCGUCAAGAUCCCGCUCGACUGCAUGGCCUCCCUUUUCCCGCGCUCAUCACUUUGGAGAUCAGGUGUAGGAAUCGAAUCGGGCCUCGUGGAUGCUGGGUAUGAGGGUGCUAUGGGCGCUUUGAUGCAUGUUAAGAAUCCUCAUGGAGUUGUUUUGCAUCGAGGGGCGAAGCUGGCGCAGGUUGUCUUUGAGGAGAUGGAGGGUGAGGUUGAGGGGUAUCGUGGGGUUUAUCAGGCUUCGAUGAGUAGCGCCGGGCGUAAUGGACGCGAAGGCGAACUUUAA